UUAGCAGAAGUGACAACAGGGUGAGUCUGUCAUAUAUGAUGGUGAAGUGAGGCAGAGGGAAGGAGGGCUGAUGACACAGAGCUGGCACAGUGAGAGAGACGCACAUUUUACUUUGAGCUGGAGAAAAGGAAGCGCACGCUGCUCCCCACCAUCACGUCUCACUUUCCAAACACCAACAGGCAAACAAAGAAGUCAGGAUGUAGAAUCCGUGCUACAGACAGCUCCCUCUGAGUCCUGUAGUCAUUGUGUCCCAGAGAGGCUGAUAUAUUCUGCUCCACCAGCCGCGUUUUGGCGCUCUGCUCGGUGCAGGAGUCUGUCGACCGACCGAGGAGAGAAAGGUGCUGCGCGCUGCUUCAUCUUGCUGGAUGGAUCCGGGCUCUUCUUCUCGCACUUGUAACUGAGGACUCGGUCUUCGUAGAAACACAUACCAUUUGGGAUUUUGUUCCCGCUUCACUUUUAUCGAUGUCAGUUGAUCUUGAGGAAAGUCGAGUCUGAAGGUGAGGAGGACUACUUCCAAGACUCUUCUUUACGAUGGCAACAGGAGUAGCAGCAUGGCUCCCUUUUGCCAGGGCAGCAGCAAUUGGUUGGAUGCCCGUUGCUAACUGCCCCAUGCCUGUUGCACCCAGAGACAACAGUAAGAAACAGGAUGAGCUGAUCAUCCUCAAUGUCAGUGGCCGUCGUUUUCAAACCUGGAGAACCACUCUGGACCGCUACCCAGACACCCUGCUGGGCAGCUCUGAAAAGGACUUCUUUUACAACGAGGAAACCAAAGAGUACUUCUUUGACCGGGACCCUGAUGCCUUCAGAAGCAUCCUCAACUUCUACCGGACAGGGAAGCUCCACUACCCUCGUCACGAGUGCAUCUCGGCUUACGAUGAGGAGCUGACCUUCUUCGGCAUCAUCCCUGAGAUCAUCGGUGACUGCUGCUAUGAAGAGUACAAGGACAGAAAGAGGGAGAAUUUAGAAAGGCUGCAAGAUGAUCAGGAGGAGAACAAGGACAUGAAGCUACCCAACAUGAACUUCAGGGAGACUAUGUGGCGGGCCUUUGAGAACCCCCACACCUCCACCAUGGCCCUGGUCUUCUACUAUGUCACCGGUUUCUUCAUCGCCAUCUCAGUCAUCACUAAUGUGGUGGAGACGGUGCCCUGUGGAUCCACCGCCAACCAGAAAGACAUGCCAUGUGGUGAACGCUACACAGUGGCUUUCUUCUGCAUGGACACCGCCUGCGUUAUGAUAUUCACAGUGGAGUACCUGAUGCGUUUGUUUGCUGCACCUAGCCGUUACCGUUUCAUGCGCUCAGUGAUGAGUAUCAUCGAUGUGGUGGCCAUCUUGCCGUACUACAUUGGCCUGGUUAUGACAAACAACGAGGACGUGAGCGGCGCCUUUGUGACACUGCGUGUGUUUCGAGUGUUUCGCAUCUUCAAGUUCUCCCGUCACUCACAGGGCCUGCGUAUCUUGGGUUAUACACUCAAGAGUUGCGCUUCAGAGCUGGGCUUCCUCCUCUUCUCACUCACCAUGGCCAUCAUCAUCUUCGCCACGGUCAUGUUCUACGCAGAGAAGGGCUCCAGCUCCAGCAAGUUCACCAGCAUCCCAGCUUCUUUCUGGUACACUAUUGUCACCAUGACUACACUGGGAUACGGAGACAUGGUGCCAAAGACAAUUGCUGGAAAGAUCUUUGGCUCCAUCUGCUCCCUGAGUGGCGUGCUGGUGAUCGCUCUACCCGUCCCCGUCAUCGUCUCUAACUUCAGCCGCAUCUACCACCAGAACCAGAGGGCAGACAAACGCCGUGCUCAGAAGAAAGCCAGACUCGCCAGGAUAAGAAUAGCCAAGUCCGGCAGCUCCAACGCCUUCCUCCAGAGCAAACACAACGGACUGCUCAACGAACUGCUGGAGCUGACGGGCACAGAAGAGGAUGAGCAGAAGAUGACAAAGACCACCUCUCUGUUAGAGAGCCAACACCACCACCUACUGCACUGUCUGGAGAAAACCACUUAUUAUCCUGUUUCUGCUCUGCAGGCUCAUGAGUUUGUGGACGAGCAGAUUUAUGAGCAGAACUGUUUAGAAACAGCGCUGCAGAGCUACCCCUCGCACAGCCCCUCUAUAUCCAGCCACGGCAGCUCCACGAGUACCUGCUGUGGCCGCAGGGUAAAGAGAAACAGUCCUCUGCCCAAUGCCAGCCUGCCACCCACACACCAAGGCCCCCUGCAGGAGCUCAGUGCCAUCCACAUACAGUGUGGUGAUGCACCAUCACACACUGCCAGUCGUUCAAACCUUAACCUGAAAACCGAUGACAGCGGCAGGAUCAACUGCAAAGGCGGCCGGAUCACCACGGCGAUCAUCAGCCUCCCGACGCCCCCUGCUUUGACCCCUGAUGGCGAUGGCCUCCACGGGCCUCCGCAGCGGAGGCCGCCCCCACCACCGGGUCAUCCUGCAACCCCGAGCAUCCAGACCACAACAAGCUCAGCUGGCACCAACAUCGUCAAAGUCUCGGCUCUGUGACUCUCCGGCUGACGGAUGUACAUAUUUCGGCUCAGCGGGAAGGAAGAAGGAGGAAGAGGAGGAGGGAGGAAGUUACGCUGACUUUGAUGGACGCACCGUGUCACAUCUCACAGGUUCAGCAGGAAGAGCGAUGUACUCCAGAGGAGUCACCAGUUGAUGUUUUAGAGAAGACAGACGAUGUAGAGACAUUACUGAGGUAGAGGAUUGUAGAUAUGUGAACGGAGAAUCACGCACUCGCCAUGCCGUGUAUGUACUGUAGAUACGGACAAAAUUGCUGAAUUUCUAAUAGUUUCAAACAGCAGUACAGAUGUUUUACUCUGGAAAAGAUUGAAAGACAUUGGGUAAUUAGUAUUUCCAUCAACAGAGGAUGCUGUUGACAUACCACAAAUUCAUAGUAAAUUUUAAAAUGAAUUCACAAUGAAAAGGAUACUUGACUUUAAAUGUAUUUGAAGAGAGAUAAAGUGUUGACUGUGGUUACUUGAAUUUGAUUGGUCUUGUUUGUGUUACAUGUUACUUGUCUUAUAUUUUGAAAAAAAAAACAAACAUUAAAACCGUUUUCUUUUCUUUACAGCAUCAUUUUGAAAAGUCACUGUAACCGAUGCUGCUAAUAUCAUAUCACUGAAAUGUGAGUUUGAUGUAUUUGAGACUGAAUUUUGAAAGAAUGUUUUUGUUUUUUUCUGUUUGGAAAACUGUACCCGUUCAUUGUGUCAAAGAUUCAAGCCAAAUUGUGCUUUUUAGUUACUUCAUGUCCCCGUUUUCUGCUUCAUGUUUGAAAUUGUGGAUUUUAACUGCAGGGAGUGAGGCUGACCUGACACUGUCUUCAUGACUUUCACACUGAGAUGAGAAAAGGCUGUGAUUCUCAACCUGAUGGUUAAAACCCUUGAACUAACCACAUAAUGACUUUCAAGUGAAGGGUUGAUAUUUUAAUUAAAGAAUAAGACCGGUGAGUCAACAAAUCAAAUGAAAAGACCAAAACCAAUAAUGCUUUCUCACCUCCUCAUUUGUCCCUACUGAAGACACAUAUCUUUAAAAAAGGCAUCACAAAAAAGUGUCCUUUUCAAAAAGACGUUAUGUAAUUUCCUAAAACAGCUACAUAUUCAGAGCACUAAUGAGUAUUUACAGCAGCCUGAGGUGU